AUGAAUAAAUUUUAUAUUAAAAUUUUUUUUUUUCUUAUAAGCAUCUUCGUAUAUGUGAAUAAUACAUCCUUUGCAACUGAGCUUGAUUCACCCGAUGAUUCUUUAGAACAUUCUUUAAAGAUGGGAAUAUUUAUGAAAAAUAAUAAUCUUAUAACGGAACCAGCUUCAGACAUAGAUUUUCUAGUCAAAUCAAAUAUAUCCCAAAUUGAUUUGAUAAAAACUGUCAAAAAUAAUGUUACCCCAGACAAAGAAUAUCUAGACUACAUUACUCAAGACAAAGACUAUUUAGAUAAUCUUAUUCCAAACAAAGAAUAUCUAGACUACAUUACUCAAGACAAAGACUAUUUAGAUAAUCUUAUUCCAAACAAAGAAUAUCUAGACUACAUUACUCAAGACAAAGACUAUUUAGAUAAUCUUAUUCCAAACAAAGAAUAUCUAGACUACAUUACUCAAGACAAAGACUAUUUAGAUAAUCUUAUUCCAAACAAAGAAUAUCUAGACUACAUUACUCAAGACAAAGACUAUUUAGAUAAUCUUAUUCCAAACAAAGAAUAUCUAGACUACAUUAAUCAAGACAAAGACUAUUUAGAUAAUCUUAUUCCAAAUAAAGAUGCUCAAGAGUUUGAAAAUCAUGAAAAUCGAGACUUACUAUCGUGUACUGAUUAUGAAGAAGCUAAAAAAGCAUCAGAAAUUAUGUGCGAUGUUAUAGAUCGCUUAAAAUAUUAUGAUGUUGCAAAAUUUUAUCUUAAAAUCCGCAAUCCAAAUAAGUGUAAUCAAAUAGUAAAAAUGUUAUAUGAACCCAAGGAUUUAUAUGGUUUUGGUUCCAAUGAUAGUAAAGUUUUAUUUAUACCAAGAAUUGUCCUCGAACACAAUUCAAAUUUGAUACUGAUACAAAAAUAUAGCGAAUCGAAUACAACAUUUUUUGCCAAUACAUCGAUAAAUAUAAAUGACGAAACCAGUGCCAAUAAAAAAAAGGGCAAAAAAGGUGUAAACUUGCUCAAUGAUCAUAUUGAUUUUGACGAUAUUAUUAGACAGAUAGUAUUAAAAAAUAUGUUUGCUAAUUUUUUCGGAUUUAUUAUCACAAAAGAAUACGAUCACGUUGGUGUUACCUAUGUCGAAUCCAACCGACAUGAUAAAUCCUAUCCAAAAAAUUAUGAUAAGAUAAAACGUAGAGCACAAAAUAUGUUAAAUUUAAUGAACAUAUUGCUAUAUGGAUUUAAAGGUUAA